AUGAACUCCCAACCCACAGUGCAAUUUAUGGAACCACCAGUGACUGAAAUCAUCGACAUGGAUGUUGACGACACAAAUCAAGCACAAUCAUCGACAAGUUCGACAGCCACCUGUACAAGCAAGGAACGGCCGAUGUCAGACUUGUAUCUUGGGCCAGACGAUGAUGUGGAGUAUGACUUCAUGCCCCCACAGAUCAGCCGGGAGCUGUAUCUCGGCCCGGACAUCGGCUUUGAUGGUGGGAUUGGUGCGCCCAAGCCAUCCCACCAUGCGAGCAGUGAUCCCCCGGGCCAAUGGAUCAGUCCGGCACUUUACCUUGGGCCUGACAACAUGUCCAAAGAACCCAUGGAAUCUUUGAAUAUAUCGACUGCUGAAAGCCUUCCAGCACUUCCGGGCCUCGACAAUGAGGAGCUCCACUCAAUGGUUCGGGAACAAACACAUGGAAGUCUUCCAGACCCAUCCAUUCCACAGCUCCUGGAGGCAGAGCGACCAUUUCGAACUGCUUGGGUGGAGACAUCCGAUAAGCUGGAACAGGCAGAUCGCGAGCUUCAAAGGAUGCAGAGGGCUGAGCAGCGCCAUCAUCUUAGGAGUCCCCCAAAUGGAUGCAAUAGCACAGGCCCUUUGCCUUGA